AUGGGUACCGCUGCCAACCGCUCGUCUGCCAUCACCGAGUACUACAAGCGUGGUCAGUACAUCCCCGGUCUCAAGAUCAACGGUAUGGACGUCCUUGCCUGCAAGCAAGCCGUCGCAUUCGGCAAGCAGUGGGCCGCCGAGGGCAACGGUCCUCUCGUCUACGAAUUCGUCACCUACAGAUACGGAGGUCACUCCAUGUCCGACCCCGGUACCACCUACAGAGUGAGUGUUUCCCUCUUCUUCUCCCUUCCCACCGUUGCUAUUCCUCUACUAACACGCAAAACCCAACCANNGACCCGUGAGGAGAUCCAGCGCAUGCGCAGCACCCAAGACCCCAUCGCCGGCCUCAAGCAAAAGAUUCUCGACUGGGAAGUCGCCACCGAGUCGGAGCUCAAGAGCAUCGACAAGCAAGCACGCGAGAGCGUCGACGCCGAGGUCAAGGANGGCCGAGGCCAUGCCCGCCCCGACGCCACCCCCAAGAUCCUGUUCGAGGACAUUUACGUCCGCGGCUCCGAGCCCGAGUACCUUCGUGGCCGUAUCCCCGAGGAGAACUUCUACUACGAGAAGAACUAA